UUAAACCCUAGAACUUGCUGGUUCUUUUGGAUUGUUUCUUGUAUUUCAAGAAAAUGGGUGAGAUUGAUACUAAACAUAUUGAAUCUGUACAAGUUGCGUUAACUUUGUUCGGCGAGAAAUGUGAUCAGAAGAAACUCCGUUCCGGCAGUAGUAGCAGCAGCAGCAGCAGUUUUGAUCAGGAGACGGACAUUGAAGGGCUACAGAAGGAUUUGGCAAAUUACAAGGUGCAGACUGAAGCAAAAGAUGCUGCCUAUUUGCAGCUAUUACAUAAACUAGACCAUUACCAUGAAACAACUCAGGAACUUUCUGAUCAGUUGAAGAAUUCUGAGGUUCAGAGAGAUAAAUAUUUCGAAGAAUGCCAAGAAGCUAGAGCUCGAGUCAAUGAACUUGAGGCAAAGCUGAAGGAGAUGACCGAUCAAUCACAGGAAGUUAUUAAGAUAAAGGAACAACUUACGCAUGUUUUAAGCGAAUUGAAGGCGGUACAGGACGAGGUUCUUAGUAUGGAAACAGAACUUGUUGCUGCCAGAGAAGAGAAACUCAAGGCAAUGAUCCAAGCAGAAUCAGUUGAAUUAUCUGCAAAUAUCGAAAAGGAGAAAGCCGAAAAACUCCUGAAGAGCGUCAACGACCUCAAUCGAGCUAUUUCUUUCUCAAGGCAUACAUCUUUCGAUGAAGAAUUGGAAAAUCAGCUAAUCUCAAAAUCCGUCUUCAUUGAUUCGUUACAGAUGGAACUUAAUCAAGCUAAUGAGCUAUUGACUUCGUCUGAUAAAGCUGUAUCCGACAUCAUAAAUGACAUUCACAAGUUAAAAGAAGAUCUGAAAGAGAAGGAAAAACAGAAUUCUGAUAAAGCAGCUUAUAUAUCAGAACUCGAAGGCGAAAUGAAACAGUUAAAAGAAGAACUUAAGCACGAAACGUGUUUGAACAGAAACGUCGAAACGCUGACAGAUGAGCUAGAGAUAUUAAAGAACGGCUUGGAGGAAGUCAGAGAAAGAGAAAACGAAGCACAGAUUGAGAUUGCAUUGCUGAAAGCAGAGUUGCACCGAGUCAGGGCGAAAAUUGCAGCAUCAGAAGCAUCCGAAGCAAGGGCAGGAAAACUUCAACCUAUCCUGACAGAUGAACUAAUAACCGAAUCUGACAACAAAAAGAGUGAAACCGAUUACAAGAUUACGAUUUCUGUCGAAGAAUACGAAUCGCUGAUCAAGAAAGCUGAGAAAACAAACCAAUCUCCAAGAAAAGAUUUAGAAUUGGAGAUUCUAAAGAAAGAAUUGGAAAGCGCGACAGCGAAAGUGGCGGAGUUCAGGACGCGAGCGGAACAGGCCGGUUCGAGAGCUGAAGCAGCGGAAAAGGCUAAAAUAUCACUUGAAGAACAGCUGAGGAAAUGGAGAGAACAAAAAAAGAGGAGAAAGGCCGCUUUAGCUGCACUCAGGGAGGAAUCUUUGUCGAGGGAAUAUUCUUCUUCAUCGUAUGAUAUUGAUACCAAACCAAGAAGAAGUCAUCAGCCAUUGUACGAGGUUCUUAACAUGAAAUUUUAG